AUGCUUAAAGAAAUUACCAAAGCCGUGGAAACUUUCCACACAAUUGCUCUUGGAACCAAGAAUAAUUCCAAAAAGAUUCCAGAGCCCAAGCUUUCAGCUUUCGUCUCAGCCCUAAGUGAUCUACUUACAGCCCGAUAUGAAAAAAUGUGGUUCCCUGAAGACCCUGACCGCGGAAGUGGCUAUCGGUGCUUGAGGGUGAAUGGUCAAAGUAUCGAUCCUAUCAUUGUGAAAAGUUUGAAACAAGCCAAAAUUAGGAUUUCUAAAGACUUAAUUACCACUGAAUUGACUAUCUGGGUAGACCCUGGAGUUGUGUCCAUGCGUAUUGGAGAGGAUGGCAGCAUUGGAUCUGACGUAGUGGAUGAGGAAGUUUACAAUCUCCGAUACAAGAAGGAAAGUUCUCAGAAACAGUCAGGAACGGAGAGUGGGGAUGAAGGUUUCUCUUCUCGCAGCUCAAGUCCCGAAACCAGUAUUUCUGAUUUUUCAAUGUCUGAGAGUUCCUCCGCAACUUCCUCACCCAUUCCUUCACCACCACCACCAGCAGCAGUACAGGUCAACACCUACUCUGCUCCCACUCGUGUUUCAUCCUACCCAAGGGUCUCAGAACAGCCGGUGACAACCCUUUUAUCUCAGCAACUUCAGACAACCCUUUCAUCUCAGCAACUUCAGAGGACUCAGUCACCUACAGUCAGCCAGCUCCAACAUCAUGAUGUUAGAUCUCAGUUCCGACCAAUGGUUUCCUAUGGUCCUACUGUGUUGCCGUCUGCCAGUAGGGACAGUUUGAUUCAUUCAGCCUAUAUUCCAAGUUCACAAGCUGUUCACAAUGCAUCAUACGUCAGCCGAGCUCCUGUCAGUCGUUUAGAAAAUAUUCGCUCGGGAGCAUCGCAAGAUGCAGCCAGAAAAAUGGCUUUUAAUCAGUACCAUGCCAUGUCAAUGGUAUAUGGAGGCAGCCUCCAGCAAGCAAAUUUCUACGACAUUCCAACUGUGGCUUAG